AUGGGCACUCUGGACAAACACAUCGGCUUCAAAAUCGACGACGUAUUCAAGUCUAAUGCCUUGGUGGACAUCAGAGCUUGCAACAAACCCGUUGCCAAAGUAAGAACCCACGACACAGACGAAUUAUUGUUACCUACCGACAACUUUAGCGAACAUUCGCUGUUAUUGUAUUAUUAUUUUUAUAAUUAUUACCUAUCUCUUUUUAUUAUUUGAUCUCUGCGAAAACCGUUUGUUAACGCACUGUUAUUAGUAGGGUUUUGAAUUUAAUGCACUAAAAACGUAUGAAUAAUACAUUAAAACAUGCUCUUCAAAUUCCUUAAACAUGUAAUAACAUGCUCCGAUUUAAAAUUCGAAAACAUGUAAAAAAAGCACUAUAAUUUUAAAUUUAAUAUUUUUAAAAAACCUUAAAAUGCAAAAAUGCAUUAUAAUUUACAAAUAACCCAUUAAAUAUACAAGGCAAAUUUUUUUUAAUUUCAAUUACACAUAACACAAAACAAAUUUUUGAUCAAAUCCAUUUUCUUAUACAAUGUAACAUAAAAAAACACGCAAAUGUAUUAAAUUCAAAACCCUAAAUAUUAGGUAUCUACUACCUACAUUGCUUAAUUGAUGAUUAAACCAAUAUGUAUAAAUAUUAUUAUCAUUGAAACUAAGUACAGUGAAAAUUACCUAAUUAAUUUUUACUACCUUUAUGAUUUAUGAUGUAGGAAUAUUCUCAGUAUAGUAGCUAGAUUAUACAGUUUUAUGAGUAAAGUUGCCGAAUUGUAAAAUUUUAUUUGGAUUAUCUAAUUACUUUAUAGUGAGAGGGAAAGGAUACUGUUUUAUUAGCUAUGAGUUUAACACUUGCAUUAUUCAUGAAUGUUUUAUACUCUGAAUACAACCAUUAUACACAAUUUAAUACUACAGCAAGCACUCGUAUAUAUUACUGCUACAAGAGUGAUCAUUAAGUACUCGUAAUUUUAAUUAGAUAGAUAGUUCAAAAUAAGAGUGUUAAAUUAGAUUAGAAAUUAUUUUGAUUUGUAAUAUAGCCUAGGUACCUAUCUACUGUUUGAUAAGUAAAAUCACAGUAGGUAAGUUUUUUAAAUAUUAUGUAGAUAGUAGAAGUAAUUAAUCAUUUUUUUUUUUUUUUGUGUGUGUUUUUAUUAUUUUUAUUUUUUUCAGUUUUGUGUACUUACAUUUUUCCUUGUGUUUUGUUUUUGAAAUGCAUGAAAUUGAAAUAUUAUUUUAACAGAUUUUCAACAUGAAAAACAAUACGGUACAAUUUAAACAUAAAUUCUAUUAUCUGUUAUUAUUUAUUAAAAUCUCAUGUCAUUAUAAAGUAUGUUUUCUUAUUUUUUACAGUCAUUGUUUCGAGGUGUACGUAAUUCAAAAUUUCGGCAUGUAUUUGGUUCUCCGUCAAAGCGGGAAGAGUUGUAUGAUAAUAUACCAAUCACACGCAAUGCUCAUGAUUCAAAUUUUUGUGCUGCUAAUCCAAAAUUUGUUGCUAUUGUAACAGAAGUAGCUGGCGGAGGAGCAUUUGUUGUAUUGCCUAUUAACAAGGUAAAUGAAAAGAAUAUAAUUGUAUAAGAAGUAAUCUUAAUGCAUUUUUGGUUUUAGACUGGUCGUUUAGAUUUAAAUACCAGCAAAGUUACAGGCCACAAAGGACCAGUUUUAGAUGUGAAAUGGAAUCCAUUUAAUGAUAACAUAAUUGCUUCGUGUUCUGACGAUUGCACUGUAAGUCAUGUACCUGUUAAAAUUUGACAUUUUUCAAAUAUUAUGGUAUAUUAAUAUUUUAUAGAUUAAACUAUGGUAUAUACCAGAUAGCGGUUUGAGUUGUAACUUGAAUGAGUGGUUAGUUGAAUUAUGUGGCCAUCGACGCAGAGUUGGCCAUAUUGAGUGGCAUCCAACCGCAGAAAAUGUUUUAGCUAGUUCUGGGUUUGAUUACAUAGUAAGAAAAAGUAUUUAAUAUUUAUUUUAGAAAAAUAGCAGUUAUAAUAUUGAAUAGAUACAUACUAAGUACCUAAUAUAGAUUUCUAAUUUAUUUGGAGACCUCACUGUAACAACCAGAUAAUAAUAUUAUAUUGGUUUAUAUAACCUCUCUCAAAAAAAAAACUGUUAAAACUACCUGUUUUUAAGUGAAGUAGUUAGUGAGUGAUUUAUGGUAUCAUUAUAAGGUGUAGCUGUUAUAAUAAAUAUUGUUUUUUAUAUUAAUAGAUAAAUCUAUAAAAGAUAAGGAAAUUCAAUUAAUUAUUCAAAUAUUUCAUAUUCAUGUGAAAUAACAUCUACUAUAUAAUACAAAGCACUCAAUGAAUUUGGAAUAUCUAGUAUUCAAAAAAUAGAUUAUAUAUAAUCUAAAAUCAAAAUUAAAAUAUUUUGACAUCUUCAUAGCACUAAUCAUUCAUUAAUUUUUUAUUGACACAAAUAUUGGGUGAAUAAAAACAAUUUUUUUUAUUAUUUAAAGUAAGAAACUGGAAGUUUAUUAUUAUUUUUUUUUAAUUUUUAAAUAUUUUUUUUAGUGUUUACUCAAUAGUAAUUGAUCUAAUGCGAGUAUCACAAUUUUAUAGGUGUAAUAAUGUUAAUAAUGUUUAUUUUAUUAUAAGUGCAAUUUAUUUAAUUAAUAAUUUAACUAAUCAUAAUAUUAUUUAAAUUCUAUUUGCACAAUUGUAAGCUAUAAUGUAGUGUUAAAUUGUUAUAAUAAAGCUAUCUAUUUAUUAUUGUUGAAUAUAGUGUGCUUAUAUCUAUAGUUAUUUAUAAUUAAUUUUUGUUAGGUUAUCUAUAAUUAAUUAUUAGUGUGAUUUUGAUGUUUAUAAUAGGUAAUUUUGUGGGAUGUGGGAACUGGCCAAAUUUUAAAUACCAUCGAUUGUCAUCUGGACACUGUGCAUUCUAUAGCAUUUAAUAGAGAUGGUAGUCGAUUAGCAACAAUUUGCCGAGACAAACGAAUUAGAUCAAUUGAUCCUAGAUCUGGAUUAGUGGUUUCAGUAAGUAAAUUUAAUAAUGCUUACUGUUUUAGGUAUACUUAAUAUUUAUUGUUUAGGAAGGAAUCUGUCAUGAAGGAUCGCGUUCAGGUAAAGUGGUUUAUUUAGACAACGAACGUUUGUUGACCACAGGUUUUUCAACCUAUUCAGAUAGACAGAUAGCUAUAUGGAAUCACUCUGAUUUAUCAGAACCACUACAACGUAUCAAUGUUGAUUCAUCGUCUGGAAUUUUGUUCCCGUAUUAUGACUAUGAUACUAGAAUGGUUUACUUAGCAGGAAAAGUUAGUGUUGGUUUAUAUUGUUUAAACUAUUGUUAUUAUUAUUACUAUUAUUAUUUGUUUCUCAUUUAAUUUCUAAAUUGAUUGUAUACAUAUUAUUUAUUAGGGCGAUGGUAAUAUAAGAUAUUAUGAAAUAGUCGAGGAAUCACCAUAUAUACAUUUUUUGAAUCAAUUCAUAUCAGGUUGUCCACAAGUAUGCUAUUAUUAUUAUUUGAACUUAUUUUUAACCUUAUUUUUUUAUUAAUAUUUUUAAAUGUAAAUUGUUCUUUUUAUUUCUAGAAAGGAUUCGGGAUGAUGGUUAAACGUGGCUGUAAUGUAAGUCGGUGUGAAAUUAUGCGGUUUUAUAAGUUGCACACCACUCGUAACGUCUGUGAACCUAUAUCAAUGAUUGUUCCAAGAAAGGUUAGAUUAUAAAAAAAACUUGUAAAUAUUAAAUACAAACUUUCCGAAAGACAAACUAAAAAUAAUUGACUUACUAGUUUAGCAACAUCAUUAAGUAUUUAUAUAUUUUGAAACAUUUUUAAUUCUUAACAACUUAAAUUAGUAGAAAUUUGUGUAAUUAAAAUAAAUUAUUAUUUUCAUUACAAUUUAUAAUAAUCAAUUUUUUAUAUUUAUAUUAAAAUAGUAAAUAAUGUAACUUACAUAUUUUGUUACUAAUUAUUUAUUAUUAUUUAUUUUAGAGUGACCAAUAUCAACAUGAUUUAUAUCCUGAUACUGCUGCUCCAGUACCAGCAUUGAAUGCACAAGAAUGGUUUAGCGGUAUCAACAAACAACCAAUUUUAAUGUCAAUGAAAACAGGUAAGAAUCUAAAUUUAUUUCAUAAUUAUUUAUUGCUUAUUAGUAUUUUACAAAAUAUGUUUAUACAUGUUUAUAUUUUUAUUAUUAUGAAUUAUGUUUUUUUUUCCUUUUAGGGAUUUCAGUAAAAACACAUAAGCCACAGGCAUUUGUUUCAAAUGAAGCCACUCGAAAUGAUACCAAUUAUCGUAUGAAAUAUGCAUUCCUUUCAAAGGAAACUACUCCUGAUUACCGACCACUAGAUGUAAAUAAAUUUAGUGCUGAGAAACUGAUUGGUAUAACCUAUUCUACUUCUUUUGUUUACAUAGAUGCUACCUGAGAACGAAAAAAUUCAAAAGACUCAAGUAAAUCAAAACACAAGAUUUCAACAAAUUCAACAGAAGUUUAGUAAUCCAUUAGUUAACAAAUUUACAAACAUAGUAAGUUUUUUAAUGAAUGUGAAUAGAAGUCAAGAGUAGAAUUUAAAAUACAGUAGACACUACUUAUUGUAAUUACUUUGAGACCAGAUCAUUUGAGACUAUUAACUGAAUCAAGACUUAUUAAGACAACAAGGGAAAAGACCUAAGAAUUAAAAGAUAUAUGUGUGUAUUAUGUAAUAAAUAAUUGGUGUAUAUUAUACAAUAAUGAAACAAAUUUUAAAUUAAAUAAAGAAAAAUUAGGUUAAUAUUUUCAUGUUUUCCAAUAAAUAACCUGUUUAAGUUCAAUAAGUAGUGUCUACUACAAUGUAUAUACAGAUUGUCAACAUAACAUAAGACGUUCAUUAUCUCUGAAAGUAUUAGUUUUUUUAAGGAAUUUAUUUUUUAAAAACAAGCAGCUCUAAAAUGUUUUAUUACAUUCAUGUCAUAUUUUUGGGGGUGAAACCACUCCACUACCUACUUUUGAUUUUCAAAUAACAACUGUAUUGAACAAUUUCAUAAAUAGGUUAGGUAAUUAAUAAAUGAAGCUACAUAUUCUACCAAAAAAGAGGAUCCUUCAAUUCAUUGCAUUGAAACUAAUUCCACUAAUACUAUUUUGACUGAUAAAACAGACAUUUUAAAUGAAUUUAAUAAUUUUUUUUACUAAUGUUGUUAAAAAUAUUUCAGAUAACGUUUGACUCGGUAAAUCUGUCUGAAAAAUAAAAAAAAAAAUACCUGGUAGAUCCUCUUUUUAUAAUAAUGUCUUAUAUAACUUGAUUUCAAAACAAACAGCAAACUAUCUCUAUUACAGUCUCUAUUAUUUUAAAUAGAUCAUUAAUUACUGAAAAAUAUCCUUCUAGUUUAAAAAAAAAAAAACUAUUAUUUUACAUCUGUUCAAAACAGGAAAUCGCAAGUUAUGUGGUAAUUAAAGAUCCAGUAACUUUAACUGUAUUUUUGAAGAAUAUAUAAAAUUAAAACUAAUGUAAUUCUUAAAUAAAUAUGAUUUUUCUCAUCUAAUCAAUUUAGUGUUUGCUCGAAUAUGUCUACCAUUGAUUAUUUAACUAAAACUUCACACUUUAUAGAUAGUAAUUUAGAUUAAAAAAUAUUUUUAGGCAUAAAAUUUCAUUUGUUGAAUAUAUUUAAUAGUAAAUAAUUUACUAAAAAAUUAAUGUAUAAGUUCUGUUUGCUCAAAAAAAUGCUUCUAAAACUAUUAAAAUUAUUUAUUUAGCUUUUGCACAAUCUGUUCUUUCUUAUGAUCUCAGUGUGGGGCUUUAUAAACUCCUUCCACAUUAAUCUUCUGUCUAAAAACAAUUUCUUAAUAAACCUAGAUUACAUUCUUCUAACUUAAUUUAUUUUGAGUUUAAGGUUUAUACUUUUAUACAACCUUAGUAACGACAGGUUCUAUUAUAUAUGUAUAAAGUUAAUAGUAGUAAAUUUUAGUCUACACAUUGUUAUAAUAAAAGAAUUAAAAAUAAUUUUAAUUUAAUUGUAUCAUCUUAUCACUCUAAUUUUAGGACAUAUAGUCUGAUAGUUAAACAAAUUUCUUUGCUUCAUAAAUAUAAUAUUAAUUUAAAUAAUUUAGUUAGUUUCAACAAUUACAAGAAAUAUAUUAGCAAUAUUUACAUUUUUUUUAAUUACUAAAUAUUUUAUACUUAAUACUGUAGGCUUAUAUAAAUUUGUUUAUUUUGUUUUCUUAAAAACUCGUUUAUUAUGAACUCAGCUCAGCAGUUAUAAACAUUUCUAUGCUUAUUGGUUGAACUUGUAACUCUUAUAAUUGUUCUAUGUUAUUUAUUUACUUAUGUUUUGCUGUUGCUAAAUAAAUAUUAUUAUUAUUUAAAUUAAUCUAUUAAUGGAAUUUUUAAUAUAGAUUGCAAUUUUAAAAUCUAAAGUGGGUUAUAGUUUUACCGCCAAAAAAAUGAUAAUGCAACAUUUUAGAACUGUUUGUUUCUUAAAAUUCCUAAAAUAACACUUUCUGAGAUAUUGAGUGUCUUAUGUUAUACUGAUUAUUCUAUGAAAUAUGUAUAAUAUACAUAUAUAUAUAUUGUGGUCGUACAAAAUUAAUUCAAAUUCAAUUGAUGAUUUGUUAAAUUAUUUAAAUUUGUAUUGAUUUUAGAAUGAUAGUGAGGACGAAUGGAAUAAUAUGAAGGAAAAUUAUGAUAAUCCAAAAAACGAGUACCAGGUUAGUUAGAUUAUUUUAUCAUUUUUAUUAUUUUUAUUAGUUGAAAUAAUAAUCGUGUUUAUGAUAAUAGAUGAAAAAAGCUUUCACUCGUCAAUGCGAAGAACUCAAUAUGCUCAGAAAACAAUUGGCACAUAGAGAUCGACGGAUUCUAGAUCUUGAAGAACUCGUAGCAACGCUUCAAUCACAGUUAAAAGUUCAGAGACUACAGUAAUAUGAGUGCACGGUGCAAUUGGCUUUAUAUUUUUAUUAUACAUAUAUUGAGCUUAUUAAUUGUUGAAUAUAAGCAUCAUGUAGAACUUUGGGAACCCACUUGAUUAAUAAUAAUCAAAUAUGCUUUAAACUACAAUUAUUAUAAAAUUAAGAACAAAAUUCAGGGUCCAGACUAAAUGUUGAUAAUAAAAACAAUAAUGUUUUCACCCUUAUAACUUCUGUGAUCAAAUAAUAAUAAUAUUGUAAUAUUAUUUUACAAUACCAACAAACCUACACAAAUUUAAAACAUAUCUAAAAAAUAUGGUUAAAAAACUUAAGUGUUAAGCAAUAUUUUAUACAUUUUUAUAGUUAUUUCUUAUAAAAAUGAAUAACAAAAGAAAAUUAGUCUAAGAGAAAAUAAUUGUUUCUUUAAAACUCCACUUAUACUUAUAUAUAACAGAUUCAAGUCUUAUUGAAUAUUUGAAAUGAUAAAUCAAAUGUUAUUGUGUUUUUAUUAUGUAGCAAUUUUAUAAUACUUCAUUUGGAUAUGCUGUCAGAACAAUUAUUUUACCAUUUGUUAUUGGGGAACCUAAAAUAAAAUAUUUAAUUUUUUAGUAAUUGUAGGAUUGUUGUCGAAAAGCAAACUUCUGUGUCAUAAAAUAUAAUAUAGAAAAUUAAUAUUCUAUAUUUAUAUGUUUACUUUUUGUAUUUAAUAUUAUUGUCUAAAAAUAUAAGCUGUACAAAUUCAUAUUGGUGAUCAAAUACAAACCAGAUAAAAAACAUAUGCUCCAAUAUUAUUAUAAUUAUAUUUAUACAUACAUUUCAGAUAGAGAAAAUAUUAUAUAGUUAGACAUAUGAAUUGUAUAAAAUUGCUAAAAAUAAGUAAAAGCUUAUUUUAUAAACAUUUUAAAAGUUUAUAUUGCUUGUAUUUUUUAAAAAAAUAUUGAAUUUAUUUUAUACUAUAUUUUAGGAACUGUAUUUACUAUUUUUGACCAACAUAAAUAUUAUACAAAUUUUAUAUGGUGUUUUAUAAAAAUAUAUAAUACAUUUAUUUAAAUCUAUAAUUCUCUAUUUUAAUGAGAAGAGAUCACUGCUGAUGUGUUUCAAAGUAUGUGAUUAACAACUUUAAUUACAUACUUAAUUAUUAUACUGUUUGUAGUGUAUAUGAAAUAAUUAUAAAAUUAUAUUGUAUGGUAAUAUUAUAAUAUACACAAUUGUUAAGAUACAUGAAUGAAUAAUAUUUUUGAGUGGAUAAAAUUAACUAUUAUCUAUUAACACUAUUAAAAUUGUAAUUUUGUAAAAUUGACAAUACAUUACAAUACAAUUUUGUACUUCAGAUCUAUAGUUCUUAUUCGAAUCUAUGUGCAAAAAAGGGAGUUCCUAUUUAAAAAACAAAAGGAUGUACUUUUUAAGGUAUAUGGAGUAGGGGUAAAAAUUUAAAAAUGAUUUUAAUGUUUUAUGCGCUUUGGACUCUAGGUAAUUUUAUAUUACUAUUUUUUGAUAAUAUGCAUAAUGAUUUAUUUUGCAAUUCUAAUAAAUAAAAGAUAAAAUAUGUCGUUUAUGUGAAUUCAUAAUAAAAAUACCCAUAUUUGUAUUAUUUGUAUUAUUAUUAUUAUUUAUUUAUUUAAAAUUAUUAUAAAAAUAAAUAAAUUUGUAAGGGUUCUAAAGGUAAACUAAAAUUAUUAUACCUAAAAUAAAAAAUAACCUAAACUUAUAAUCACUAAAGGUUUAUAGUAAAGUGAAGGAAUUACUUAGACAAUGGAAGGCAUAGAACAGAAUAAUAAUUAGGAAGGUAUAAUAAUUUUCUUAUUAAGUUUUUCAAUUUAUAAAAUAUAAGUAAAUGGUAUAUACCAUUUACCCAUUGAGGGUGUAAUAAAAAUUUGGCACAUAGUUAUUUUUGUAUUUUGCUCACCUAUGGUUGGAAUAGCUUUCAUAUCAGAAUUUGAACUAAUAAUGCAAUUUAUUAAAGAAGAUUUUCCAAUAUUUUUGUCACCCACUGUAAUUAAAUUGAAUUCUAAUAACUUUUUACCAGUCAUUUUGAAGUGUUUUAUUUGAAUUUAAGCGAAUUAACUAAGUUAAAAUCACGGAUAUGGAUAAUAUAUUACAAUAUAUAUAUAUAAUAUAAUACAUUAAUACAAAAUAUACCUACAAGUUACAAUCAAACUACUUUCCAGCAUCGAGAUUCGAGUUAAAGAAUAUAUUCAAUAGCACGGUAAUCUUGGUUGUAGAUAGGUAACACACUAACCCCCUUAAGCCCCCCUUAAGGCCACCCGACAUACAGCCACCAAAUAACGACAAAAAACAACCAAACAACACUACCAACCACGGACCACGGUUUAAGAUAUCUUAAACCAAAUACGCGUGAAUAGUGUGACAUGGGCGCACGAAUGAAGAUAUUUUAAUCGAAUUAAGUAUAUCUUAAUCAAUGCGCAGGUGUAACCCGUUUUUCCCACAAAAUACUUGUUCCACAGUUUACCAUUUGUUUCAUCGGACUUAUGUUCCGCAAAAAUUUGUUCCAGUGGACAUUUGUUUUAUGAACACUUUAUCCCACGAAUAAAAUUAAUUUUUUUGUUAUUUGUUUUAACUUAAGUUUUCAUUAUUUAAAUAUUUUUUAAACAAUCACUGUUGUCAUAGAAACGCACAUUGUUGUAAUCAUUUUGUCAUAAUAUGAUAUACCAUGUAUUGUAUUGUUGACAAAGCAACACCAUCGCCUGAACUCCACUUAGAAUAGCAUUUUCGUUAGCAAAAUAUUAUCUUAGAAAAAAAAAAAAAUCAAACUAUGCUAUAAUAAUACGCAAGUCUACACAAGAAAACUAUCUUGAGCCGAUUGAAAUAAAAAUCAUAGACGACGAGGAGACAAAUAAUAAAAAUAAUAUUAAUAUGUACUUUGUUAUCAAGGUAAUCCAACCAACGAAAAUUAUACCACAAAAUAUUAAAAUCCACGUGUCAAUUAUUCUUUAGGAGUUGAAUUUUAGAAAUUUCAAUAGCAAAAUAGAAUAUUUUGCAAAAAUCUUCAUUAAAAUCGACACAGUAGUUUUUGAGUUACUAAAGGACAUACAGACAGACAUUUAUUUUCAUAUAUAUGGACUAUGUAUACAUGUACUCUUAAGAGGACGUUAUACCUGCAAUUUGUGUAUUCACGAAACAAUAAACUCAUAAAAAUAGAUUAGAUAGAAAGGAUGCUUACCGAUCAUGGGCGUACUCAGGGGGGGUUCAUGGGGUUUAAACCCACCUUCCAUUGGCCGUAUUUUUUUUUUUUUUUUGCAAUCAAUUCUUUUUAAAAUUUGUAAGGGAUGUGAAAAUUAACUGUCUCAUCGUAUGGUUUGUGUUUACAAUUACAAUAUAAAUAUAUUUGUUGCAGUAGAAAAUUAUUAAAAAUAUGUCCUAGGAUAAAGGAGACGGGAACAGCCAGUGUAAUUUAAUGUAUACCCGUAAACAAUGAUAAACCGUUGCUUGUGAAAAAACGAUUCUGAGCGGAGUUCAGUUGAUAGUGAUGCUUUGUCAACAAUAUAUAUGCCAUAUUAUAGUAAAAUAAUUAAAUGGGCACUAUACAUUUUCUUUAAUAAUAUUUGUUAAAUGUUGUACUGAUUUCUCCAGUAUUCCUACGUUUUACCUGGACCAUGUUUUUUCCGAGUUUUCAUAUUUUCUCAGAAAAUUCCGGAGAAAAUCGAGAAACGAUCUCUCUAAAGUACCUCCCCGGUGUCAGUGAAAUUUCCUUUUAGAAAAAUUGCUAUCAUUAAAAGUUGGAGCAAAAUUGCCGAUAGAAAAGUUAUAACAUCUUACUUAUGUAAAACCAUAAGCUUCUUCACUCCACUCAGAAUCUAAAAUAGAAAGUUUAUUGAUUAAAUUUUGUAUUGUUUUUCAUAUUAUUAUUUAAAAUAAUAUUAAGUGUCGUAAAUAGAGGUAAGUACGCUGAUAGCCUCUUACAUAUUGUUCUAGAAAUUACCACAACCCCUCUCUUCCCAUUGGAAAUUCCUGAGAACGCCACUGUUGCCGAUAAUAGGAUUACUUAUCUGAUUGAUCAUCGAGUUGAAGUAUAGCUUUUAGCAACCGAUCAUCGUGUCAAAUAAGGAACACGCAAUAUCGUAUUACCACGAUUAAAUUAUUAUGAAGUUGAGAUUUUAGAUUAUACUAAGAGUUGUGAGAUUUCAAAAGUAUUAAGAAAAUGUUUAACGGAACAUAAAUACGCUGGAACAAAUAUUUGUGAUUAGUGAACAUUUCUUCGAAAAUUAUUUAUUCCAACACACUUAUAAUUCGCAAAUGUUUCUGUCAAUAGACUUUUGUUCCGCGAUACUUUAUUCCAUUUCGUUUUAUGGAACAAUUAGUCAUUGGUCGAAUGGAAGAAAUGUUUAUCGGAUUAAAUGUGUAUGUUAACAAACGGUUUGUGGCACAAAUUUACUAUAAAACAAUUAUUUAAACACUUCUUUCAAAAUCAUUUGUUCCACAAAAUACUUCUCACAUUUUGUAGAACAAAUAGUCAUUGGAACAAAUGGUAUAGACACGUGUGACGUCAUCUCAGAGUAAUAAUCAUAGAUAGUAUAAUAUGCAUAGGCCCAUAGACAAUAUAUAAUAUAUAUAAUAGUGUAUUAUCUAUGCAUAGACCUUAGUAUAAAGUCUAAGAUAAUAUGUAAUAUGUGUGAUAAAAAUUCUUAUCAAAUAUGAUUGGUUUAUAGAUCAAGACCUUAGGUACACACAUUAAGACAUUUUUUUCAAUGCUCAUAUUCUAUUAAAAUACGAGUACUUACAAACUAAAACGAGACUAUUAAUAAAUAAGAGUUACUCAAAUGAGGUUUUCAGUAAUCAAACUAAUAUCUUAGUAUUUAAAAUGCAGAAUUACGCAGCAUUUAUAAAUACAUUUUUAUACUUUUGAAUCUAAUCCACGAAUUAAGAUACAUAUGUAUAAUAUAUAAUAUAUGUUUAAUAUUUUAAUCUUAUAGAAUUAUAAGUAUAUGAUCUAAGAUCUAAGACUUAUUUAAUCGGUUUAUUUGUUUGGAUCCAAAUGUUCAAAUUAUUACUGAUAAGAAGAAAAUGACGUAGACACUGGACUUUAUUCUUGUGAAAAAAAUUUAAAUUGUUAUCAUUUUAUUGAUAAGGUUUGGUUAUGUGCACAGACUAAAGUACCUUAUGCGAAGGAUUUUACUCCGCUUUCAAUAUUUUUUACAAUCUCAUAUCAUUAAACAUUAACAUGUACAAUUGAUAAAUUGUUAUAAUAAUAUGUUGUUCUUAUUCGUUUGUUACAAUUUGUUUUUUAAACCAUUUUGUUGAAUAUCAAAGGUCCAUUUAAAAUAAUGUAAGUUAUCAUUUUGAAAUUUUAUAUUGAGUUUGACUAUGAAUUGAUUUUAUAUAAAUGUUAGAAACAAUGUAUCUACCUAUUUAUUAAAUUUUUCUUAGGUCGGCUUCAUCAUCAAGGCAUUAUAAUCAAAAAAUUACUUCUCAAACCAGUAAAACUGAAACCAAACACAAACAUUCUUCAAAAAAGAAGUCUAAAAGAAAACACAAAAGUAAAAGAAGGUAAAACAUUCAAAUUGUUUACUAGCAAUACUAAUCAACUGUUAAACAAUAAAACAACUUAAGGGAACUUUGCAUGUGAAUUUAUUGUCCGUCUAUAGUAUAGGAAACGAAUUACCGAAUAAAAUUCUGAUAAAAAAAAAAAAAAACCAGAAUUUAAUUAUUAAUUUCGCUUGUAGAUAACUGGGUGAGCUGGGUUACCUAAUCUUUACUUAUCUUUCAAUAUUAAGAAUUUAAUCAUAUUAUAUUGAAGAUUAUCAUUUUGAUUAUCAGUCGUAUAUAAUAUUAUAAAUUUAUUACACUUAAUCUUUACUCACCUUUUUUUAAUUUAAAGUGAUUUUUCCUGGGUAAUAGUUUGGUUUUUCUGUCAAAUGCUCAGUUUACAUCGACUGUAAAUGUUGUGAAAUCCUUAAUGUUUUUGAAAUAAACAGAUGAAAAUGAGCGAAAUCUUUAAUUUAAAAACAAACGGUAAUACUAUAAAUAAAAUUGUGUAUGGUUAAUUCUCAUACACAAUUCAACAUAAACUAAGUAAUAGUUUACAAUGGAAAUGUAACAUGUUGCAUAACUACAAGUAUGAUGCAGCAUUAUUUACAUCAAAAUACAUUUUUAAUGCGAAAUGGGUUAAACAACGUAAUCAUGCUGGCAAUCACACUACAUUGGAAGUAGAAAACUUUAAAUGCAACAUAUAUGUACAUAAUAAUAAAUACAUGUUUUACAUGUUAUUAUAUGUAAUACAAGUCCCUAAAAAUCAUUUUUUUAUUAUUACUGUAUAUUAUUUGUUUUUACAAAUACAUUUUGUAAAGGUAGUAAUUACAGUGGCUAGUAAUGUGUUUGGUUCAGAAUUGGUAAUCAGAGGGUGUUUUUAUCAUCUUGGCUAAUGUAAAUUUCACAAAGUUCUGGAGUUAGGUUUACAAACAACUUAUAUGAAUGAUGACAAUUUUUUAAAUUUUUGUUUGAUAAUUCAUGGUCUGGUAUUCUUUCUCCUUGAAUGGGUUCACAAGGGAAUGGAUUAUUUAAAACAAACACAUAUUCUUGAAGCAAAGGAAUUAUUAAAUUACUUUGACAUCUUAUGUUAAUGGUCCGUAAAAAAGAGUUGGUGCUGGUAUGAAUAUAAAAUAAAAACAGGCUUCAAACAUUAUGUGAACAUAUUAAUAACUCGGUUUUAAUUUAAGUGGGUUUACUGGUUUACUCAACGGUUUACCAGUAUUUUUGGUUAUUUGUUAUUUUCAGUUGCUCAAUAUUUUCUGUAUUUUAAUAUAAUAAAUAAAUGUAAUAAAAUAAAAUUAAUAAAAAAAGAAAACACAAUUAAAUAUUGUCAUUUAUUAAUUUAUUACAAUAUUAAAAUUAUUAAAUUAUUAUUAUCAAGGAAUGUAUGAGUAUAUUACUAAAAUAUAGUUUAUAUAUUUUUGAUUCAUAGAUAAAAAAUUAAUUGUUCAGCAUGUGUCAGCGUUAUUUAAUCAUGUGUUUUAUAUAAACUUUAAUAUGUUCAAAAAUGAGUCCAUUCGGCUUAAAUCUUCAUUUUUAUCAACAUUAUAAAUUGCAAUUCUAUGAGAAUCAAUUAUUUGAUGAAGAUCUAAAUUUAUGCAUUCAUUCGAAAAUAAGUGGUGGAGAUUCACUUCUCUUUCAUAGUAUUCUAAAUUUAUGCUUUCAUUUAUAGAACUAUUUAUAAGUUGCGUGUGUGAAGGCAAUAAACCAGAAGCCAUUACCAUUUUUAUUCACCUUUAUCUUUUGAAACUAUGUAAAGUUUAGGGUGUCGAGAUUUUAGAUGGUUUAAUCAAUUUGUCGUAUUUCCACCAUUUACAUUCCAUGUUUUCUCACAUGUAUUAAUUUUGAAAAUUUAAAGUUUUUGUGACAUAAGUUUUCACUGCUGUGAUUAUAUUAUUUUAACAAAUAACAUUACAACAGAAUGAAUAGAUAGUAGAUACAUGACUAUAUAUAAACAACUUUAUUAAAUAAAUAUAAAGUGAACUGUUCACCAUGUGAGUUAACACACAUUGGUAAAAUAGUUAUUUAGCCAUGAGUAGGUACCUCUGAACCACUGAUGCACAACGAAUACACAAAUGCAUCAACUAGAUAAUCAAAGGAAAAAAAAAAAUUUAAUUUAUUUAAAUAAUAGAUGUUGUAAAUAAAUAAAAUUUGGUUUAUUAGGUAACAUAAUUAAAGAUAUAUCUUUGGUUUUGUUUAAGUAAACAACUGAAUAUUCAAUAUAACCUAAUAAUCGAAUACCCAAUUUUCGGUAAAACCCGUAUAUUUAUUAAAUUUCGGUACACCAAUACACUAGUACUUCAAUUAACCAGUAUUUCGGUAUACCGUAAAUACUGCCAGCAUACACACCACUCGUCAGCAGUGUCUGCUCUUUUUUUGAUAAUCUGGACUAUCACAAUUUUCACAUUUUAGUUAGAUUGUUUUAUUAACAUUUCUUUAAUCAGUUUUUUUAAUUAUGUAUUUUGAUGUAUGCAGAUCAUCAUCAUCAUCAUCAUCAUCUAGUAAUGACGAAGCAAAAUUAUUACAACGUUUACAACAAGAAAGGUUUAAAGUAGCUGAAGAAAGAAAGCAGCAAAAAGAAUUGAUAAAAGCUAUGGAAACACCAGAAGAAAAACGAUUUAGGCGUUUGAUGAAGAAAGAAGCGAAAGAACGAAAGCGUAAAGAGUUAAUGGGUUGGGAUAAUGAUUACCUACAUUAUACAAACGCUGACAAUCCAUUUGGAGAUGCAAAUUUGUUGUCUACAUUUGUAUGGGAUAAAAAAAUGGCAAAAGAAGGUUUAGUAGGUGUCAGCCAUGAAGAAUUAGAGUCAAGGAAUAGACAAAAAAUGGAAGAAAACAAACGAGAAUUAGAAAAAGUAAAAAAACGACGAAUGGAAAGAGAAAUGGAGAGGCAACAAAGAGAAGAAGAAAUGGCUUUACUUCAAAGAAGUAAAGAAGCAGCCCAGUUUAAAGAAUGGGAGAAAAGUGAAGAUCAGUUUCAUUUACAGCAAGCUCGAUUACGAUCUACUAUUCGUAUUGAAGAUGGUAGAGGUAAUAUAUCGUAAAACAAUUAAUACAAUAUUAAAUAUUUUUAGCAUGUUUCAUUCAAAUUAAUUUUUUCAGCCAAACCAAUUGAUCUUCUUGCUAAAUACAUAAGUACUGAAGAAGAAGUAGAUGCUGUAGAAAUGUAUGAACCUUACAUUUAUUUGAACGGAUUAAAACUUAAAGAUUUAGAAGACCUUGUAGAAGAUAUAAAAGUUUAUAUGGAAUUAGAAAAAGGAAAAAACUUUGAUUAUUGGAAUGACAUAACUGUCAUUGUAGAAGAUGAAUUGCAUAAAAUGAGAAGGAUACAAAAACAAUCUGCUUAUACUGGUAAAUAUUUUAUUUCAUUUUGUUAAAAAGUUGUAAAAUAAACAAAUUGACCUCUUAAAUAGAUAAUGGGACAUUUUGAUCUAUUAGAUCAAAUUCAGAUUUUGCCCUUAAAUUGAUUUUAAAGGAAACACAUCUAUUAAAACUAAUGAAAACAACAAUCUAGUGUUAAUCUCAUGGGAGUUAAGUGAAAUAUUGAUUACAAUUAGAAAAAACUUAUAAAAGAGGGCAUAUUAAAAUGGGUGGGCUAUUGUUGUAGGUGAGAAAUUGGGAAGGUUAAAGAUAAGAACUAACUGUAUUUUUGUACGCAACAUUUAAUCAUUGUUAAAAAUAUACGAUUCUGAGCAGAGUUCAGUUAUACAUGUUUUAAAAGGCCAUAAUAUUCAUCAAAAUUUAAUAUUAAAAUUCUUAUAAAAAAAAAACUUCAUUAAACUCAAAUUUGUCUUAUUGACCACUAAGUACAACUUAUAAUUAACCCCCUGUAAAAUGUUUUAUGUUUAAAUUUUAAGCAUUUCUGUUUAGUCUAACAAUUUUAUCUACAGCAUACUUUCACAAAUAUUAUGUAAAAAAAAUUCAUAAAAUUAAAAAUGUCUAUUCAGCUCAAAAAUGGCUUAAAUGUUCUGAACAUUUGACUAUGGCUAGAAAAAGCAAAUAUAAGUUUUCUGUCCAAAUUUCAAGCCUUUUAGAACAUUUUAAACUAAAUUACAACAAAAAUUAUAAAAAUAUUAUUUUCAUAAAUUUGUCUGUUUUUGUCAAAUUGUUUUGAAAACUACUUGGAAAAAUUAAAAAAAUAUUACAGUACCACUUCAGGAAAAUUUACUGUCAGAAAUGAUGCUACAUUUGAAAAUUUGAACAAGAUUUCUGGUAGAAUUUUUGCACACAGUAUAACAAAAUAUAUAUGUUGUAAACUAAUACAUUCUUUGCUUCAAUCAGAAUCUAAUAAUUAAAAAUAAUAUAUUUUUGAAUUUAUUGUAACUGUUUAUUCUAUAUACAUUAUGUUUAACAAAACUUAUUUUUGAGCUGAUGAAUUAUUAUUUUUUUUUUCUUUGCCUGUACCAUAGGAAUAAUAAUAUAUUGGUAAUAUAUAGGUAAUAUAUAGAUAAUAUAUAGGUAAUAUGCAACCCCUCAAAUACUGGGUGUGCAAUUUUAUCUUAGUUAUGACAACUUAAUAAAAUAAUGAAUACUAGAUCGAAUAAUAGUUGUUAUAACAAUAUAAAUGCUUAAAAAUAAAUUUUUAGCUGUUGGCCGUAGAGAAGGAAUUCAUCAAUCUGUUGCUCAUGAAGUAGCUCAUAUUUUUCGAGGUAAAACUGCUGAACAAUUGGAUCAAUUGAAAACUCAAAUUGAAAAGAAAAUCAAUAGCAAAGCCGAAGGUGUAGAUAUUGGUUAUUGGGAAACUUUACUGUCACAACUCAAAGGUGUAAAUUGUUAUUAUUACCUAUAAUAAUUAUUAUUUAUUAAUAUUAUGUUUGUACGGUUUGUUGAUCUGAUUCAAUGUUGACCAAUAUAAAUAUGUUUCUUUAUCAUACAAAAUAAUGAAAUACCAAUUUUGUGUGUAUAUUUUGGUAACUUUGUAGUUAACAUAAUAUAUGUUAUGUUGUAUUUAGGUUAUAAAUACGUUUUUAUAUCAUUAUGUUGAAUAGUUAAUUUUAUUAUUAUAACUUGAUGUUAUGUUAAUAACUAAUGUACAUUUUAUAUGUAUAAUUAUUGUUUUUUUUUCCUGUUGUGAUAACAUGUCUAGCCCUUCAUACAAUAAGUAUCAUAUGGUGGACAUUGCAGGAGCCCCCCCUCCUGAACAACUCUCCCAGUUGUUCAAGUAUUUAUAAGAGAUAUCUUGCAAACAUUUUUAUUAUUAUGAUAAUCAAAUUAAUUUUUAUACAGACUGUCUUCCACAGGACCCAUUUAAUGCAAUCUCCUUAUUCAUGUAAUGGUAUAAGAUGUGUCCCACGAAGAAAUACUUAAAAUAUCUCCGAAGAUAAUAAAGACAAUCAAAUUCUGUUUUUUUUUAAUAUGACUCAGGGAUGAGGUUUACAAAUAUUUAUAUUUCAAUUAAUUUUUUAUACUUUGGUAAAAAACUUAAAAUGUAAAUUUGUUUUAUUAUUUUUGAAAAAUUUGAAGAUAACUAUUUUAUAGAGUUUAUUAUUCUUAUGAAAACAUUGACGUAUACAUUUUUAAGUUAAACGAAAAAAAUGUAUAGUCAAUUGCCAUAAUAAUAAUAAUAAUAAAUUAGCGAAUGCAAUUACAGCCUGCUGCAUAAAUAUUGAUACUUUUUUAUGAACAUUAAAAUAAAAAGUUUUUUCUUUAGUUUUUUUACCAUAAUAUAAAAAAUUAAUCCAAAUUUAAAUAUUUGUAUUCCUAAUCCCUGCAGAUAAUGUAAAAAAAAAACAGAAUUUGAUUACCUAUAUUAUAUCAGGAGAUAUUGCAAUGGGAUUAACUUCAUGGGAUACCAUAAAUAUAGGUAUUUACUCAUUUAUGAAAAUGUUAAUUGUUUAUCUAAAUUUAGAACCCAAGAUUUACCUCUGAUAAUUAUAGGCUAUAGCCUAUAAUAUUUCAAAAUCUUUAGCACAUAUUCAAAUAGAUAAACUUAAAUACUAAAUAAUACGAUAUUUGAGAAUUUUUAACUUAACAAACCUAUGAUCUCUAUUUGAACUAUAAAGUUUUAAAACUCAUUUUAACCAUACUAUUAUAUUAUAGCACAUGUUGCACGAGCUAGAUUAAGAGAUCGCCAUCAAGAAAAUUUAAAGAAAAAACUUGUAGUUUUGAAAGCACAACAAAAUAUGGAGGAAUCACAAUUUGAUCUUGAAGAAGGAAGUAGUCUCAAAAAUCAUGGACAAAUGGCUAAGGUUAGCAGUCCAUCAAAUUAUGAUGGACCAUCUACUUCAAAAAAAUCAUGUAAUAAAAACGAAGAAGAGUCACAUAGUUCUACAGAAGAUAUAAGGUGAUUAAAUUAUAAAUUAUAAAUAAUAUAUAAUAUUGUAUUAUAUUACCUAUAUGUUUUAAUUUUUAAAAUCAUUUUUUAAAACUUUUUUUAUUGUAAGUGAUGCUGAACAAGAAGCUCGGAAUAUUAUAGAAGAGUGUGCAGCAGAUUAUGAAGCCAGUGGUUAUAGUCCAAUAUAUAUGCCUAAUAGUAGUUUAGAACUAGGUACUUUAGUUGUAUCAGAAGUUGACGACAAUAAACGGCUGACAUUUGCUAGAUUACAAGUGCAAGGCACAGGCACCCGAAUUGAGGUGAGUUUCUUUAUACUUAAUAAAAAUCCAAAAGUAUAAAUUUUACAGGUUUUAGGUGUAUUAGAAUAAACAAACAAUGAUUUAAAUUUACCUGAAAAAUGUAUGACAGUGGUUGUCAUAAAUAACAUAAUUUUAAUAUAUUUUUGUAUUUAUUAUAUAAAUUGACUGUAAUUUAAUAUUUAUUGAAAAGUAAUAAGAAUAUUUGUUCGGAUAUUUAUCAAUAGGAAAUUACUAGAAAAAUACAAUAAAUUGAAAGUCUCCUUAAACAAAUGAAUAUAAAUAUACUGUUUAAAUAUAAAAUAUGUCAUGAUAAUGUAUCUCAUAAAACUGUUGGCCAAUGAUUUUAUUAAAAUUUAUAAAAUAGCAUACUGUUUUGUAUAUUGUUUUACAGAAUGUUUUGGCUGCUGAAGAAAUGGCUUUACUAAAAGAAGCCAGAAAGGGAAUGUCCAAUGAUGAAGCUGAAUUCUCAGUAGAAACUGAGUUAGACCAUCAAGUGUACUUAUGGUCUGAUAAGUAUAGACCACGGAAACCUCGAUAUUUCAAUAGGUAAUAAAGUAAACCAGUUUUUUAUAUACGCUUGCAUAUUUUUAUUGUUUGAUUGCAAAUAACAUUUAGUUUGUACCUAAAUAUAUUUUAGGACUUGCAUUCAUUUUUGCAUUUUUAGGAGAUAUUUUAGGAUUUCAUAUAAUUUGUAUAGCAUAUUUAAGGAUUUUGUUUAUUUUAAAUUCAACAAAUCAAGAAUUACAAAAUAAUUGUUCAAGAUUUAUGAAUCUUGGAUUGCUUUUUAAAAAUUAAAACAUAUACAAUCAGUUUUAAAAAAAAGUUUUAGCUAUUUAAAAAAAAAAAAAUUAGCAUGCCUUUGUUUAAUAAUAUUUUAGAAAAAAUAACGUAUUAAUAAUGUAUUACCCUCAAAAAUAUUUUUCUCUUAAUAUGUUAUUAUGUGUGUUCAAACUCUAAUUUCAACCUUAAUGACAUAUUUAUGUUUUAAGUAACACAAUUUUGCUGUGUUGUCUGUGAGGUAGACUGAAACUGUAAAUAGAGUUAUAGUGCAGUGCCAUAACUAGCUAAAUUAGCACACGGUGCCAGAAUUUUACUGAUGGACACAAAAAAACCUGUCUGUCUGGUGUUCACUUAUUUAUAUGUUUAUUUUAAAAAUAUUUAAUUGCGAAAUUUCUGAAACUUUCAUUGGUCUACAACCCCUCUGAUUACUAUUUUUUGUCCCCCUUUAUCAUAGUGCCUCUGUACCUCUGGCAACCUCCUUGGCACGGUUCUGGAAUUGCGUCCUCUUAAUCAUUUAAAAUGUACCUUAUUAUAUAAUAAAUCAAUAUUUUAUGUAUUUUAACUUAGGGUGCAUACUGGUUUUGAGUGGAAUAAAUAUAAUCAGACCCAUUAUGACAUGGAUAAUCCACCACCAAAAAUUGUUCAAGGCUAUAAGUUUAAUAUAUUCUAUCCAGACUUGAUAAAUAAAGGUUCAACUCCACAAUAUUUUUUGGUAAUAUCCGAAAUUAAAGCUUAAUAAAUUACAAUUAAUGUAUAUUACAUUUUAUUAAUAGAUUUGUAUACUUUUUUAGACUGCUUGUGGAGAUAAUCCAGAAUUUUCAGUCUUGAGAUUCCACGCAGGUCCACCAUAUGAAGAUAUAGCAUUUAAAAUUGUGAAUAGAGAAUGGGAAUAUUCCUACAAAAGAGGAUUCCGUUGUCAGUUCCAUAAUAAUAUUUUUCAAUUGUGGUUCCACUUUAAACGGUACCGGUAUAGGAGAUAAACAUUGUUGUUAUUAUUAUUAUAAACUAUAAUAUAUACAAUUGUUUGUAUGAAUAUUUAUUUAACUGUAUUCAAAUGCAUCUCUAAUGAACCUAUUAUUUUUGUCUGUAUAACUUUUGACUUUGAUUAGGCUGGAAUAAUUUUAAUCAUUUAUGUGUGAAUUAAAAUUCUACACAGAAUAAAUGUUUUUUUUUUUUUUCAUUAUUAUACUGUGUGUAAAAUAUUAAUUUAUAAUUUAAUUUUGUAUUAGCAAGUUCUUGGUGAUUAUCACAAAACCGAGCUUAAAUUUGUGUCAAUUCUUAGUCUUAAACUUUUAAGUACAAAAUCUACAAUUAAUAUUACAAAAAUUGUAUGCAUAUUAAUUUAAUCUUUCUUAAAUUGAAAAAAACAUAUUACCUAUAUGCACACUCUUUUAAUAUAAGAGGUUACUAUACUUUCUACCAUUAGCAAACAGUACUAAUACUAUUUACAAAUAGUAUUAGUACUGUUUAUAAUCAAUGGUACUAUCUAUUUUAUUAUUGGUACAUGUAAAUGUAAUACAUUUUUGGCCAAUUAUGUCUUUGUAAUAACAAUACAUUUUUAUUAUUUAUUAACCAAAAAGUGUCUGUUCCGGGCUUGAAUGAAUAUAAUUAUAUUUAAUAAAAUGAAAGAUACAUACUUAAUGGGUGUACUAUAGUUGCAGCCUACAAGUAGAAAGUUGGGAAGGUAGGAUAUAAUGAUGCUGUUACCAAUUCUCCUUGUUGAUUCUAGUUCAAAAUUUAAUUUUUCCAAAUGUUUUAAUUUAACGAUUUCAAAAUUAUUUAAAACUGUUAAUAUGAUAUAGAACUGUUUCGAUUGCAUCAUAUGAACGUAGUAUGCUUAAUAUUAUAUAGGAUAAGUAUUAUUUUUUUAAUUUUUUUUUUUUUUUAUGCAUAUCUACGAAUUGAAAACAGUUUGUAUAAUUAAUAUAUAUUUUUUUAUGAACAAUUUCGCUCAAAAUAAUCCAUUUAGAAUCGCAUCUUAACAAAAUAUCAGAUGCAUAUACCCUGUAAGGGACCGCACGGUGUGUUGUCGCGGAUUCUGGGCCAAUUCUUCGUUGCCGGUUCCGUGUGAGACGUCUUCGGGGGAAUGACUGCAGAAUUUCUAAUUAACCCGUUAUCUGUGUCUGGUCGAAUACAAUGGGCGUUGUCGUCACGACCGGAUAUCCGAUGAUGUUGUAUUGAUGUAGUUAUAAUAUAUACCCGAAGCACCUUUGUAAUCUUUGUAUACAAUGGAACUCGGUUUUGCAUGAAGGUCAAAUUUGAUUAUUGUGACGACGAGCUUCACAAACGCGGCUCACUGUGUCCAUUCGGACGCGAUGGGCCUAAUUAGUUUUCUUUAAUAAUUAUUUAAAUUUAUUAUUGUUCGGCUAUUGAUGUUGUAAUACAAUACGUGAAGUAUACAGGUGUGCCCUGUUGUUUCUCAGCUGCCAUUAUUUUCAAAUGGGGAGGGAGAGUGUUUUCGAAUUUUAUUAGUAAAAUCAUUUUUAUUAUUUUAUAAUUUACAAUAUUAACCUAUGGAAAAAAUGUGUCAUGCAUAUAACAAACAUUUUGGUUUUGGAACCUGGUGCUAGAGCGUUUUUCAGCUCGAAAACAUGGCUUGGGGAAAAUUUCUCGUGCUUUGUAAAGUAAUUCGAUUUCGAAAUUAUGAUCUCACGACGAAACCCUAUUUAAAGUUAGGCGUGUGUAGGUACAUUAAGUAUAUGAAUUGAAUAAUUUAAACCUAAUCUAGCUGGUAAUUUUCUUAUUAUACAAUGUACCUUUGCAAUUAAUUAUCUGGUACCGCAUGCAAAUAACAUGUAGGAACACCUACAUGUUAUUUUAAUCAACAUUUUUGAUAUUUUAGAUUCUGAAUGGAGCGAGGAAUGUACCUAUUGUUUUUACAAUGAUGUUUAUAUUUUUUUUUUCUAGUGGACAACUUUUCUACCAGCAAUUUUGCUCUGAUUUAAAAUGAUAGCACUUUUUCUGAAAGUAAAUCUGAUUGGGGUGUUACUUAAAGAAGGUCAUUUUUUUAUUUUCCGAGUAGUUUUCCCAAUAAAUAGGAAAAACGGGAAAAUAGAUACAAUAUUAAAUAAGUAUUAUCAAAGAAAAUAAUAUAAUAUAAUGUAUAUAUAAUUAUUUUACCAUACUAUGACAUAAUAUAUUAUAUUGUUGACAAAGCAACACUAUUAACCAAACUCUGCUCAGAAUCGUUUUUCAUUGGCAAUGUUUAAUUGUUGCUUACAGAUAUACAUUAAACUUUCCCUCUACCUUCCCAACUUCUUACCUACAACAGUGACCCACCUACGUGCGGUAUAUAUCCGUUUAUUUUUUACCUAGGUAUUAUUAUUAUACGCAUUCUCAUGAAUUCAGAGGGUCGCAAUAGGGGCAAGAGCCAUGUCACUAAAAAACUUCCAUUUAUUAUGGUCUUAUGUAUCAUGUUCAUGUACCUACCACAUAUAGGUGGUAAUACCUAUUUCAAUGUUUGACAUCAAGACAAAGUUGAAAUACCGUAAUUUAAUAUGACAAGUAUUUGUUUUUGAGCACAGCGAAGAAUGUAUCGGUUUUACAAUCUAGGUAAGUACGAGUGUUUAAAUGAAAAAAAAAAUAAUUUUUUUUCUGUAGACAAUUUUAUUAGAAAUUUUGCUUCGAACAAAAAUCUUAUAAGCUCUUAGAAUUUCGGGUCUGUUUGGUGCAUAGGGAGGUAAAUUUUUUAAUUUUUAAUUUUUCUUGUAAAUUUAUUAAAAACUGGGGAAAACUUAGGAAAACAGACAAGUUACAGAAGUAAAAUUUUCAUUAUUUUCUAUUUUGAUUUUUCUUGUUAUAGGUACGAUUAAAAAAAAAAAUAAACAUGUUUGUAAAACCAUAAGUUUCUUUGCUCCACUUAGAACCUAAAAACAAGUGUAAUGUAUUAGAUUUUUUUACAUAAUAUAUACUCGUAUAUACGCAUUUAAAUUCAGGACCUUUUUUUGUAAUAUUUCCUAUUACACAUUUUUUAGUUUAGAAAAUAAAUUCACGGUCACAAAAUAAAAUUUGCCCCCAUACCUUUAAAUACAGUAAUUUCACUAAUUUUUUGUAUCAUUUAUAUAGUUGUUUACAAUUAAACGAUUUGUUUAAUUUGUUCAAUUUGUUGUUUUCUAACAAAUAUUUCCAAGUUUAAAUUUUAUUAAGGAGAAAUUUGUGGGUAAUGUAAAAAGUAAACUUAAAAAUAAAAAUACUACAUAAUAUCAACUAGUUUGUAUUUUAUUUAUUUAUUUAUUCUUUCAACAAAUGUAUUUAAAAAACGUUCCUCUGGUUUUAAUUCCUCAUUCAAAGUCUGUAAACUAAUUCUAACAAGCAUUAAGAUAACAAGUUUUAAAACAUCAUUAUUAAUAAUAAUAAAUAACAAAUUUUAAAAUACUUUGUAUUUAAUAAAAUGUCUUUAAUAUACUGAUUCUAAAUUUGUUAAAUAAUUAAAAAAUACUUAUAAUAACUGAUAAAUAAACAUUUCAAAGCUUAUCAAAUAUUAUUUGUUAUGUAUAAAAAAAAAAAAAAAACAUGAAUUUAAAUAAAAUUGAUAUAGUCUCAGCAAUUAGUCACUACAUAUUUUAUACUUCCAUACUACACAUUUAAUAUUCACACAACAGAUUUGGUAUUACACACAAUGUAGCGUAUUAUGCACAAAAAAAGGCCCAGUUUAAAUUUGAAUUUUAAACAUAAAAAUGAGGUAAUUUCUUGACCUAUUUUUAACUUAUAUGAUUUUUAUUUUUAGUCAAUUAAAAUGUUUGACAAUUUAACACAUGGUUCAUAAUAAUAUUUGUGCCUAUUUGAUGUUAAAAAAAAAUUGAAUGCAUGUAUGUAUGACAAUGUAUGCAUGUACAAUAAAUAAAUUAACAAUACAAUUUAGUCUGAUCGAUAAUAUAAUUUAUUGUAAUUUAAAUAUGUAGGUAUUUCUAACCUUGAACUAGUUAAGUUAAAAUUUAUUUGACGAAUAAAUGUUGAGUUAUUGUAAAUAUUUUAUUGAUAUUAUAGUAAUUUACUUUUAAAUGGUAUUAGGACGCUGUAAAAAGUAUAAUUGUUUUUAUGACGUUGUAGAGCUACUGAAAAAAUAAAGCUACUUUUUAAAUGAUUAUCUUGGAAGCUGUACCUCGUCUGCAAUAAACGCUAAUUUAUCAAAUUUUUAGGUCAUAUAGGCUUAAUAGAUAAUUUGUAUACCUACUUAAUAACUAUAAAUUAUAAUGAACUAUUAAUUAAUUAAUUAGAGGCUUCACGUAAACUAUGUAACAAAAUCAAUACUUGUAAAAAUUGUAAUUUAACACAAAUACCCAAAGUGGCAGAGUGUGUUUGUUCCCCUUCCAAUGGUAAUAUUUUAUAUGUACAGUGAUCAAUAAUAUCAAUAUUUAUAAUAAAUUUUAAAAUAUUAUAUUUUAUAUUUAACUUUUAUUUCUAGAAUAUAAUGGUUUUUAUAACCUCUCAAAUAUAUAUAAUAUAUAAUUAUAACAAAAUUUUAAUAUUUAAAUAUGUAUUUUAUGCAAUAGUUCAUAAAUGUACAAUUACUCUAUUUUCUAGGUUAUGUAGGAAAUACAUUUUUUUAUUUAUGUACUCAAUUAGGCUUAAAAGUAGAAUGUUCUAUUAAACAAAAAUAUGAAAUUAUUUAAAUUUGUAAACAUAUAUACAAUAUACAGUUUAAAUUAUAAAUUAUUUUUAUACUUACUUACCCAACUCGGUAAAAAAAUUUAUGAAUACAGAUUUGUAAAUAUUUGUAUAUUAAAAUGGGAAAUUUUAGUAUACAGGUAUACAAGGAUGAUCAAAUUUUCUUCUUUCCUGAAUUAUACAAUAUAAUUGUGUAAUUGUGUAGUACAAAACAAGACCGUCAUGCGCUAUAGGUAUACCAUAGAAGCUGAUUGAGAAUCUUUUCUCAUCAACUGAUAAACCGUCGUUCCGCAUCACGAACUGAAAUAAUAUUAUGGAUUGUUAACGAAACUAAAUUUUUCCAUCGAGUUUUGAAACGGUGUUUUCGUUGAAGGGGAACACAGUGAUUGAAACGAAAGGAAAUUAAUUAUUUCAUGCUCACAACAAUCAUUCGAGAGGAUGUAAAAUUCUUGAAUCGAAUCUUGAACAUGAUGAAACUGUUGUCUAUAUAGCUGUUCCUUAUAGAUUUUUAAUUUUGAUUGAAACGUUGUAUGAUGUAAACUUAUAUGAUAAACAUCAGUUGUAAAAUGACGGACCCAUUGUAGAUAAGAACUGGCGUGCACCCAGGAUUUUUGUAACUCCAACCAAUAGCAGGUUAAAAUCGAGGAAGUACUUUAUGUAUUUCGAAAUUGCGAGUACCUUGUCAAUAACAAGAAAUAUAAUACAUACCGCGAAUGUUUUAAAUUUUAUUCUAUAUUAUUUACGUGUUUUGUUGUUUUAUAGGUUCACCGGAGAACUCUGCGAACUAGGGGUCUAUCCCAAGUUAUUGUAUGGCCGUUCGUAUUAAACGAUUUGUUGAAAGGAUACAGUUAUAGUGUACAAGUCAAAUGCUUGCGUCAGUUGCACCGAAAUUGUCCGAGGUAAAAUACGCAUUUAUAAAAAAAAUUAAAUUAAAUAACAAUUUUAAAUUGCGCACGCGAUAUUAAUGCGUAUUAUAAUCAAUGAUCCGCAGACUUGCAAUAUGACGUUGAAAAUAAAGAUAUACCAAAUUAGAAAAACAUACUAGACCGAUCGGACUCGUGAAAGUAUGAUUAUUAAUGAAUUUCUGCUGGAAAUUCUCUCCCGAAUCACAGAAAGUAUAUAUAUUUAUGAAAAGACAAAUGUCCAAUUAGUUUUACGGUUGAAAUGAAAAUUAAAAGCAAGAGAAAGUUUUGUUUUUAGCUAUCGAUCUGAAUAACACGAAGUUAUAAAACAUUUUCAACUCUAUACGAUAUUAUAAUUUUUUUUUUUACUUUCGAAUCAAAAUUGUUAAUUUCGGUUUAAAUUUUUAAUUAUUUGUAUAUUCUUGUUUAAACGGAUUUAAAAGCUGUUUUUUUUUUUAAAUCCAUCGUUGUAAAACUAAAUUGUUCUAUUCCCUAUAGUUUCCUCAACUUUGGUCUUAUCAGAAGCUGUAUACGAAAUAAUUGAUUCUCUUAUUAAUCAUUAAUAUUAAUAUUUUAUAAUAUCGUAGCAGGUUCAGACAAGUCGGCCGAGGAAAGGCUAAUUGUCAAUAAGGAACGUUCUUUCGAACCGUUGGAUGAUAAUUUACAAACCGCAGAAUUAAUACACGCCGAUACGUUUGAAAUAAUUUUGAAGAUGACUAGUAAAAAAUAUCCCGAAAAAUCCUAUGUAAGUUAAAAUACGUUUUAUGAUGUUACGUAUGGCAAUGUUGGACUACCGUAUAAAACCAGCCGGAAAAUAAUUAUACUCUGCCGGUCUCAAAAGACAAUAUAAAUUAUACAUUUUCUAAAAUGUUACAGAACAUUAAACGACUAUUAACGUUAUUUUUAAUCUUGACGUUGGAACGUAAUCAGGUGACAUUGAUUAUUUCACUGAACCGCGUGGCGUUCGCCAACAUAGACGAGAAAAUGCGUACUGUAGCUGGCGUAUUGUUGGCCGACCUCGUAAACGCGGGGCGGAUAACGAAAUAUGCCGUUGUCAAAGGGUACAUAUAAACAAUAUCAUUAUUUUUGUAUCCGUUUUGUAUUCGACUAAUUCCGAUCUAAAUAUUCAAAACCUUUUUCAGAUUCCAUGUAAUGCUCAACGUCAAAGAGGUCAACGAGCGAUAUCCCGAUGUACUGGAUUUGAUAACACAAAUUAGAAACGCGUUUGAAAACCGUUUAAGUGAAGUCAUUCAGGUAAACGAAACUUUAUAUGGGGCUAAUCGGACCUCCCAAUGGCUCGAUCGCAACAAAGAAAUGAUUAGCGUUGCAUUUUUGGAACUUCUGGUAAAUUUCGGAAGCAAAAUUUAUUUCAAGGAACGUCAUGUGAGUUUAAAUCUAUUUUAUGUUACGUUACGUCUUUACCGUGCGAAUUAUUCGAUCCGUGAUUAACAAUGCAAACAUUGGUUCCUAUUCUUAUAGUAUGUAUACAAUACUAAACAAAUUUUCGUCAAAAAUCUACCUGUGCCAUUUUCGAUUUAAACCAUUAUGACAAAAAACACCGGUCGUCAAAGGGUACCUAUAACUAUUGUUCGAACUACACUUUUCAAAAUGUUACAGGACAUCGUGCGUCUAAUAAGGCCAGUUUUACUUUCCAUGUUAAAGCACGGCCAUGUAAACAUGUUCGUGUCAAUGAAUUUUACGGCAAUCCACAGGAAAGAAGAAACCAUCCGCGUUAACGCCGGAAAAUGUUUGGCUAGACUUGUGCUAGUGGGGGGGGGGGCUUACAAAAACAUCAGCCGUUAAAGGAUACCUAUAAAUAAUAGUUCUGCCGAAGGUUCACCGACGACGCAUUCAGUGAUUACUUAACUACUAACAUACCCGAACUACUAGCGACUAUACGGGCAGCGUUUGAAUACGAAUUAUAUUUGUAA